AACUUUAACACGGGGAGCUGAGCGUGACCAACAGACAGCACACGUGUUGGCUGGCCGCAUUGUAAAUCAGGUGUUCGACAGAAAGCCUCUUAGAAGCGUUGAAACUUGAAACUGGGAAGAAGCUGAAAUCCAAUUCUAGCUUUGCGUUUGUUCAUAUGUUCAUACCUCUAUGAUCAUCAAAGAUGUGGAGGCGGCUCACUGCAUUCUCUCCACGAUUUUCGUCUUCAUCGUCUAAGCCUUCUCAUCUUCUCCAGGUUCCAGCAGUUAAUGGGUUCAAAAUUUGGCAAGGGUUUUGUACAGAGAUUUAUAAUCAGGCAGAAGGUGGAAUCUCUUCCAGAAAAACAACCCCAUCCAUAGCUUUUGUUCUGGGAGGUCCUGGCAGUGGAAAAGGUACUCAAUGCACGAGAAUUGUUGAUACCUAUGGAUUCACACACAUCAGUGCUGGAGAACUGUUGAGGAAAGAAAUGGGUUCUAAUAGUGAAUAUAGUGACAUGAUUGAGAAGAUCAUGAAGGAAGGGACAAUUGCUCCAUCAGAAGUGACUGUCAAGUUGCUUCGAAAGGCUAUUGAAUCAGGUGAAAAUGAUAGGUUUCUCAUUGAUGGUUUCCCAAGGAGUGAAGAGAACCGAAUAGCGUAUGAGAAAAUUAUUCGCGCUGAACCAAAUUUUGUGCUUUUUUUCGACUGCCCUGAAGAAGUGAUGAUCGAACGAGUACUAAACCGUAAUGAGGGGCGACUCGAUGACAAUGAAGAAACAGUAAGGGCGCGCCUGAAAACAUUUAGAGCUGUGAGUUUUCCUGUAAUUGAGUACUAUGCUAAGAAAGGGAAGCUUUACAAGAUCGACGGUACCGGAACAGAAGAUGAGAUAUUUGAACAAGUCCGCCCCAUUUUUUCUGCAUUUAGGUAAUCAUAUUCAAGUCAUUUUCUUCUGAAGCAAGAGAAAAGUUUGUUGCCACACAUGGAUGGUUCCUGAAUUCUGUUUACUAAAAAUAAAAGAGCCAAGAUCACUGCAAUUCUGCAAAAUCUAGUUCUUGUCCUGUGCUUAAUGCUUUUUUCUUUUAUGGAGGUGGGGCCUGAAAAGUAUGGCUUUUACUCAGCUCUAUGCUAAUACUAGAAUGUAUAAACAAAACUGGAUGCUUAUGACUGGUUUAAGCUGCUCCCGAGUGUCUUGCAUGGAGGAGCUUAAUGUAUAACCCUUUCUUCCUGUUUAAGCAUUGGGAGAGAGAACUGAAUAUAAUACAUGCCAUAUCAAGAUGGGUGAUUUUCAGAUGA